AUGAAAGAGGUUCCUGUUUUCUCCACAAAGCCCUUUCUCACAACGGCAAUUUGCGAUGGGAAUCUCCCCGUGCCGCAAGACAAUGGUAUUCUCAUACGCGUAAUGGUUGCAAGUAGUAAGCCCAAAGACUAUAAACAUCUCUAUGCGACCGGGGUGUCGAUUAAUAGCGGCGACGAUAUUGCAGGCUACGUACACGGGCUUGGAAAAAUGGCCGCUCUGGGCAACGAGUUCAAAAUUGGGGACCGCGUUGCAGCGUCUCAUCCUAUGAUGGCCCCUGGAGGAACAUCUGCCGAAUACGCUGUCGCUCCAACAGAGACAACGUUACUCAUUCCAGACGGCAUAGACUUCGAGUCUGCGACGAAAAUUCCAUUAACAACGUUAGCCGCUAUUCUGGCAUUGUUUCGCCGACAGAGUCUUCUACCACCGUGGAUGAAGAGGAGCCCAAAUGCACCGCUUAUGCCGCUAAUAAUAUACGGGGCUUCGUCUGCAUUGAGGACUUAUGCUUCGCUAUUGGUGGAAUCUACAUGCUAUGUUAAGAAACUCCUGGAUUCUAAGCUUGGAGACGCGUCUUGGAUCACAAUCUCCCAGAUUUUGUCUCCCGGAGGCACAGUAUCCACUGAAAAUUACGACGAAUCGAAAAUCCCCGCUGAUAUCAACAUCAGCUAUAGUUUUGUCGGUUCGGCACAUUUUGGCGCAUUCAAGCCCAGUAUGCCUAGGCAACCCCAAGAUGCAAAGAAUACUGCGGCAGACAUCGACUUUGCAUAUGUCAUGUUUAGGUAG